UCUGAAGACAAAAACUCUUGAGAGAAAGUAGGGGGUUUUUGAUGAGUGAAAUAGUAAAGUAAUUUGAUUCCUUGUAUUAUUUAUAUUGAAAGCCAUUCUAUUUGUUCUGGCAAAGUUCCCAUGAUUGUCCAUUUGCGUUGAGAGCUCUAUUCCAAGUCACUAUCUUGUUUUCUCUUUCUAAGAUCCGCUUUCUCUCUCUAAAAUCUUUGAGUUCGUUCGUUCGUUUCGCUCCUCUUCCUUUCUGGGUUUGUUUGUUUGUCUUCAACAAAGUUCAAAAAAAUCCAAAAUUCUCUAAAUCUUUGUGUCUUUCUUGAUUCUUGAUUCUUGAUUCUUGUUCCCUGUUUCCACUGUUUCAUCACCCUGGACUGAUUUUUAAAAGUUUUUUCACCAAAAGGAAAAAAGAUGACAGUUGAGGAAAUUCGAGGGGGUGUUUUGGGUAAUGAAAUUGACAGGUUUCCCAUUGGGAUGAGAGUUCUUGCUGUUGACGAUGAUCCAACUUGCUUGAAAUUAUUAGACGGGCUUCUAAGAAAAUGUCAAUAUCAAGUUACAACAACAAAUCAAGCGAUAACAGCAUUGAAGAUGCUAAGGGAAAAUAGAAACCGAUUCGAUUUGAUCAUUAGUGAUGUUUACAUGCCAGACAUGGAUGGUUUCAAGCUUCUCGAACUCGUUGGCCUCGAAAUGGACUUACCCGUUAUCAUGUUAUCAGGAAACAGUGACCCAAAGCUUGUAAUGAAGGGGAUCACUCAUGGUGCUUGUGAUUAUUUAGUGAAGCCAGUUCGCCUUGAGGAGCUAAGAAACAUAUGGCAGCAUGUGAUUAGGCGAAAAGUUGAGUCAAAAUCGCAGUCAAAGUCAAAGUCAAACAAUGAUCAUGAUAAAUCGGAUCAAGGGACUGAAAAUGGAGAUCAGAAUGUGAAGUCGAAUAGAAAAAGAGGAAUUGAAGAUGAAGAUGUUGAAGAAAAUGGACAUGAAAGUGAUGAUCCAUCGGCUCCAAAGAAGCCUCGUGUUGUUUGGUCAAUUGAUCUUCAUAGAAAGUUUGUUGCUGCUGUUAAUCAAUUGGGGAUUGAGAAAGCUGUGCCUAAAAGGAUUCUUGAUUUGAUGAAUGUGGAUGGAAUUACUAGGGAAAAUGUAGCAAGUCAUCUCCAGAAAUAUAGGCUUUACCUAAAGAGGAUCAGUCAUCAAGCUAAUAUGGUGGUUGCAUUUGGGGGAAGCAAAGAUGCAUCUUCUUACAUAAGGAUGAAUUCUCUUGAUGGACUUGGAGAUUUUAGGACAUUAUCAUCUACAGGAAGAUUGCCAGGUGGCACGUAUGCGCCAUCUGGCAUGCUUGGUAGGCUCAACAGUGCAACGGGUGUGACACUUCAUAGCCUUACGGGCCCACCUAUGGUCCAACCAAACCAUACCCAAAACAAGUUGCAGCCAGUUGUAUCGGCUAUGCCCCCAAAUCACCAAAAUUUGAAUUUUUUUCAGGGGAUUCCAACAUCUUUUAAUCUUGAGCAUCAACAAUAUAGUAAUAAACCGAAUACCCAACUUGCGGAUUUUGGUUCGGUUGAAGAAUCUCGAAUCUUUACAGGUACCAAACUGGCUGAUUUCAAUUCCAUUGAUGAAUCUAGGAUCUUUACAGGUUCUAGCACCUUCACGGAUCCUAGUGCAGUUCUUGGAAGUCAAUCUGUUUUAAAGCUAUCUUCUACAGGCCCAGAAUCUCUUAAUCUUCUUUCAAAUAGUUCAACCUUUCUUGAUAAUCAGUCAACAAACUUCUCUUCAAAUCAACUGCCAAUCGAAAACUACAGUUAUCCUGUUACUGUUAAUGGCGGAUUUGCUUCCAACAUCACCACUACCGCCUCUGUGCCUCUUGAACCUAGCGGUGGUGGUGGUGGUUUGGUUGGUGACAUCAUUCGGAAUGCUAAUCAAUCUUUAUCAAAUCAAAACCAAAAUCACAUCCAAAAAAGUGGGCUAUAUAGUGGUAGUAAACAAGAUUAUAUCCAAUACUCUCACAAUGCUUUUAGCACACUAGCCUCUUCAGCUCUAGCCACUGGUGGUGGUGGUGGUGGUGGUGGUUUGGGUGGUUUGGUGAGCCAUAGUAGAUCAAAUGGUGGUGGUGGUGGUGGUUCAACCCUUACACAAACCGAGAAGCUAAGUAUGGGCUCCAAUGAAGAUUUUCCAUUUGAUCAGACAAAAUUGCAAGGUGGUUUUGUUGCAAACAAUGGUUAUGGUUCAUUGGAUGAUCUUAUGACUGGAAUGAUGAAAAGGGAGCAAGAGUCGACAAUCAUAAUGGAUGGAGAAUUCGGAUAUGAUGAUUAUGGUUUUGGGCCGAAUGAUGAUUCUAGUUAGGUGUUUGUCUCAUAGAGAAAGAUUAAAAGAGUCUGCAACUUCAACAACUUAGGUUUUUAUUGUUUUCCUCGUAUGUAAUUUAGAGUUGCUCUGGGUUUUUUUUAUCAUCAUGGAUAUGAUGGCGAAUAUUAUAUUAAUUUUGCUUUAGUUUUUUUCCGCAAUGCAUGUUUUUCUUGCAGUUUAAUGGUCAUAAUGCAAAGGCAUGUCGUUUUCUUGAUACUUAUGUUGCUUGUAGCACCAUGCUUAAAAAUAGUACUACCCCAUGAUGGUAUAUUUGUAAAUAAUGUCAAAGGGUUGUGGUAGUUUUAAUUUCAA